AUGCUCUUCCCACACAGGACGGAGCGCCGCGACUCAUCACUGAACCACGGUGAAAACGAGAAAAGAAAAACGCGAAAAGACUUAUUGCGCUGUCCCGUCAGUCCACAUCGGGCUCGGAGAGAAGCUACAGCUGCCAUGUCCCGCAGGAAGCAGAGCAAACCCCGGCAGAUCAAACGGUCCAUGGGCGAUCUGGACGGCGGGGAGGAGAACAUCACGGACAAUUUGAGCCUGUCGGGAGAAGAGGGCGGGGCUUCAGACCCAGACGACUCGGCGGAGGACAGAGAGAGCGCCAGUCCACAGCCGCACACGCCCGGCUACAGCGAAGAGCACCACAGCCAGGACUCGCGAGGCGGUCCGGAAGAUGAAGAGCCGGUGGAUGAACGGGCCCCGAUAUCGAGCUGUGAGGAAGACGAGGAGGAAGGAGAGGAGGAGACUGAUGGACGGCAGUGGAAAGGACCAGAUGAGCUGCAGAUGAGUGAAGAAGGCGGUGUUUGCACCAUCUGCACUUGCAGGCCUCUCCAACAGGACACAGAGUGGGGGCCCUAUCCUGGAACAGUCCAAUCAGAGAGCAGCACAAAGAACCAGGAAGCACAGGGCACCACAGUGACUAUGAGUUGUGAGGAUGAAAAUUGUUGGAUCACCAGACUUCCUUUAACGGCAGAUGCCCGAUCUGCCAACUGCACCGUUUACAGCGACGGUGCGGAGUUGUUCUGUAAGUUGACAAGAGACCUCGAGGCCGGAGAGAGUCUUCUGGCUGUGCUCUCUGGACGCCCCAGCUCCCCCACAGACCCCCAGGAGCAGCUGUCUCCUCCUCUGAGCCUGGUCACUCUCAAACAGCAGGCCCUGCUGAAGGAGGAGGGUGUUUACCCUGCUGCCCUUCACUCAGAGAUCCAGCUGCUGCCUCAGCAGGCAGGCAUGGCAGCCAUCUUAGCCACUGCUGUUGUCAAUAAGGACAUCUUUCCUUGUAAAGAUUGUGGAAUCUGGUAUCGUAGUGAGCGGAACCUUCAGGCACACCUGAUGUACUACUGCGCGAGCCGUCAGAAACAGCCCGCUGCUGCGUCCUCCCCUCCACAGGACAAACCAAAGGAUCCCUACCCCAACGAACGCAUCUGCCCUUUCCCACAGUGCAACAAGAGCUGCCCCAGCGCCAGCUCUCUAGAGAUCCAUAUGCGCACACACAGCGGAGAACGUCCAUUUGUUUGUCUCAUCUGUCUAUCGGCAUUCACCACAAAAGCAAACUGUGAGCGACACCUCAAGGUCCACACUGACACUGUCAAUGGUGUGUGCCUGGGCUGCGGCUUCGUCUCCACCACGAGAGAUAUUCUGUACAGCCACCUGGUAACCAGCCACAUGGUGUGCCAGCCAGGCUCCCACAGUGAGGUCUACUCCCCGGGACCAGGCCUGCCUAAAUUACCUUUAUCCAUUGGUUUAAGUCCUGGAGACUCAGGAGUGGUGUUGAAAUGCCAGGUGUGUGGACAUAACUCGGACUCCCCUUCUCAGCUCCAGCAACAUGUUCGUACUCAUCUGGAAGUGCGGGUUCCUGCCGAGAGAAGCCACACACCACGCCAGAGUACUCCAUCUUCAGACCAUGCACAACCUGAAGACUCCCCAAAUGAGAAGGAGCCAGUGGCCUGCGUCCCAAAACCAGAGUCUUCCAGUCCUGGAACCAACGGGAGUGCUGCCACAUCCCCAGUUCCUGAAGCAACCUCAAGCCUUCAAAUCAAAGAGGAGCCUCAGUCGGACACAGAGGACCAGCAUAUGGAGGUCACUGAAGACGGAGAGGAGGCGUCAGACACAGCACCAAUGAAGGAAUCCAGGAGAGAAUCAAUGCAACGACGAUUAUCAAACUCCUCAAAUUCUCCUAAAAGUCCAACCCCCACUGUGAAAGCAGAACCCACCAGCCCGACUCCGGGUUCAAGCCCUGCACACGUUGGAGGAGCUGCGUCCGUUCUUCCUGGCGGAGCCUUGUUUCUGCCCCAGUACAUGUUCAACCCUGAGGCAGCCAUUUUACCCCAGGCCUCAGAGAUUCUGGCCAAAAUGUCAGAGAUGGUCCACAGUCGAAUCAAACAAGGCCAGACACUGCCUCCAAACAGUCCCACCGCAUUUUUCCCUGCUGGGCCUACAGCUCCCACUGCAUCUGCCACCCCUCCUCUUAAAGGGGCGACCUGCUUUGAGUGUGACAUCACCUUCAACAACAUCAAUAACUAUUAUGUACAUAAGAGACUGUACUGCUCUGGUCGACACCAAACAGAGCCCAGCACAGCUCCCACGAUUGUGCCUGCUGCAGGAGCAUCCACUUCUCCACAAGGGGGUGCUACAAGCAGAGCAGCCUCAGCCUCUCCCACUCACUCUGACCCUCCUGCAGCCAGUGGAGCAGAGUGCAGAGGAAGAGUGGAGGUGAAAGUUGAGACUCCAAUUGUACGAGAGGAAGUGAGCUCCUCUCCUGAGGCAGAGGGGGGCGCUGUGGGUGCAGGAGGUGGCAGAGCCAGUGAAGACAGCCAGAGCCCUGCCAGUGGAUCUGCAGAAGACCCUGAGGAUGAUCCCAACCGGACCUUCUGUGUGGCCUGCAACAUUCGCUUCAGUCGUCAUGAGAAUUACACUGUUCAUAAGCGCUUCUACUGUGCAUCCCGCCAUGACCCCUCCAACCACCGCUCUGGGCACAUGGCCAGAGUCAACGCCUUCAUGCCUCAACCCAUCCGCACUCGCAAGAGGAAGAAGAUGUAUGAGAUCCACAUGGCCCGCACCCAGGCCCUCGCUGCUGCUGCGGCUGCUGCUACUGCUGCCUCUUCUGCUGCGGCUUCAGCUCCUUCGCCCUCAGUCCUGGGACUUCCACUGCAGCAUGAGGUGUCUCCUAAUGGGAGAGAGGCCUCCAGUCCAGAGGGAGACGGCCCUAUGGACCUUAGCAAAAGGCCUCGUCGGACUGACGCGAGCCGACAGAGCAACAGCCUUGUUCCUGCUCUUCCCCUCUCAGACUAUCACAAGUGCACUGCUUGCAGCAUUAGCUUCAACAGUAUCGAGAACUAUCUGGCUCAUAAGACCUACUACUGCCCUGCGACCUCCAUCCAGGCCCAGACACUGGAGCAGCUCCACAGACUCAAAAGAUCAGCCUCUACCUCUCCAAAGAGCAGGUCAGACCUUCCCCACCCAGGAGAAGCCAAGGUUUCCCCUUUAGAGAAAGCCGGCGUUACCUCACCCAGUGCUUACCCCGCUGCCAUUUCACCCGCUGAUGCCGCCUCCAAAGGGUCAGGGGCCUCUUCCCCACUGGUCUGUCCAUACUGUCCCAACAGACCGGUCACUGGUAAUCUUAUGGAGCACUUCCGAAGUGUCCAUGGGCUCGUAGUGAAAGUCAAGUCCCCUAGAGAUAUGAGCCCCUGCAGCAGUCCCAUGGAUGAGGCUCGCACCACGCCCUCUGAGCCGUCAGGGGGGCCCUCGCUCACACCGUUCCACAGAGACCGCGUCAAUGGACAGACAACAGGCGGAACAGCUUCCCCACAGUUAAAUGGAGGCCCUUCUGCUGAGGGCUCACGUUCAUCUGGUUCUCCGCAGCCUCUGUCUCCUCCCAGAGCAUCUUCUCUUACAGUGUCCCCCCUCCCGGAGAUAAAGAAGGAGUCCCACACAGCAGACGAGGCCUUUUGUCCUGUGCCUCCUCCCAAAACCCAGGUGAUCUCUCCAGUCCAGAACGGAAACACUCGCUUCUGUCGUUUGUGCAACAUCAAGUUCAGCAGCCUGUCUACUUUCAUAGCUCACAAGAAGUACUACUGCUCUUCUCACAGUGCAGAACAUGUCAAAUGA